CCAUCUCACAAUCCAUAUUAGCCGAACAGAUCUUGGUAAGAUAAAAAAAAAAAUUCCACUCUCCUUUCAAUCGACACGCCUUUGCGUUCUGCUUCAGUAUUAUCCCAAACAGAGUGUUGAAUGAGUAGUCGCACAGCACAGUGAUGAGUGUUCAGCUAUCAGCUUUAUGGGUCCCCAACUCUCCGUCAAUUCCCACAAACUUCCUUCCCAACCGUGGAAGAUUCUCCGUAUCGGCUCUCUCAUCCCCAUCCCCCACUAUUCAGAUAAUUGGCGUGGGAGGCCCCAGUUCGAGGGAUAAUGGAUAUGGAAAUCCCAACGGCAACUUAUUUGAUGGGUUUCAAGGAGAGAGUGAUCAUUGGAGUGACCUGGACACUGAUCUUUAUCACUGGACAAAGACAUUGCGCCCUGUGCAGUGGUUUCCUGGUCAUAUUGCAAAAGCAGAAAAAGAACUGAAGGCGCAGCUCAAGUUGAUGGAUGUUGUGAUAGAGGUGCGGGAUGGACGAAUUCCCAUGUCCACAAGUCAUCCGCAGAUGGAUAUAUGGCUUGGAAAUAGAAAGAGAAUUUUGGUCUUAAAUAGAGAAGACAUGAUAUCAACUGCAGACCGCAAUGCUUGGGCAGAUUAUUUUACUAGGAAUGGAACAAAGGUUGUCUUCUCCAAUGGGAAGCUUGGAAUGGGAACAAUGAAGCUAGGCCGUUUAGCAAAGGAAUUAGCAGCUGAUGUAAAUAUUAAGCGUAGAGCCAAAGGGCUACUUCCUCGUGCGAUUCGAGCUGGAAUAGUUGGAUACCCUAAUGUUGGAAAAUCAUCUUUGAUCAACCGUUUGUUAAAGCGAAGAAUGUGCCCAGCAGCUCCCAGGCCAGGAGUUACAAGAGAGUUGAGGUGGGUUCGUUUUGGUAAAGAUCUUGAACUUCUGGAUUCUCCUGGGAUACUCCCAAUGCGAAUCAGUGAUCAGUCAGCUGCUAUAAAACUCGCCAUAUGUGAUGAUAUCGGAGAGAGGUCCUAUGAUGUGGCUGAUGUUGCUGCAAUUCUUGUGCAGAUGCUCACAAAGCUUCCCACAGUAGGAGGAGAUACUCUUCGUAAACGGUACAAAAUUGAUGUAGAUAGUCAAAAUGGUAAAAUUGUAUUUUAUUUACUAAAUUGCAGAUUCAUAGAGAAGCUUGCAGUUCGAAUAUUUAAUGGAGAUGUUCAUCAAGCAGCAUUCCGCGUCCUAGCAGAUUUUAGAAAAGGUAAGUUUGGUUGGACGGCACUGGAGAGGCCCUCUACGUGAAGGCACAUGUUUGCAUGAGAGCAGAAUUCUCCAAAGCUUGAUUUGAAAAUUAUAAGACCUUCUGAAACUGACUGCAGAAAACAACUCCAGAUGGAUUAAGAUGAAUGUGGAUAUUGUGGUUAUGAAUGACAUUGUGGAAGAGAAAGGUGAUGUUCCCACAAGACUGCAUUUGAAGCCUUGAGGCACACGAAAGAAAGGAUUUAAAGCUAUUUUUACUAUGUAAUUUGGUGUCAAGCAUCACCGUGUCUGUAUAUAACUAGUAGUGUGCUUUGGGAUGGGAGUUUGUAUGCUUGAUGGUAGUAUAUAUUUAAUCAUUAUAGGUAGAUGUUUCUUAAAAAUGAGGGUUUAUGCUUUUAGUUUUUUAAUGAUCUUCUAGCUUAUAUAACCAAACAGAUAAACAUGGUUGAGCCAAAGCAAUAAAAUGGUAAAGACGAGAUGGUGUAGCUUUGCACGGUUACAUAAAUAUACUACCUGAUCUAGCCCC